AUCCAAAUGCGAUUUUUGGAAAAGUGAGACGGCUAAAAUACUCAUAAUUUUACGCUGAUUCCGAAUAUGUAAGUUUCAUUGAGUUUUAUUGGGGUGCUCGACACUCGCUUAUCCUCCUCCGUCCUUUUUUAAAGUUUUAUGUAAUAUUGAUUUUGUUUUAGAUUUUAUGGAAAUGAAAGGAGAAUUUGCGUUAAAACCAACAGAAAAGACACAAGAGAUACAACCAUGUGUGACCUUGUUAAGUAAUCAAGACGAAGAGGAUGUGGAAAAUAAUGACGAUUUUGUUGAUGUUCAAUCGACCAUAGCUACUCAGCCUCCUCAACAACAGCAACUGCCAAUGCAAUCAAAAUUACAGUCACGAAAAUCUCCUCAGAAACAAAUGGAAACAGAAAAGCGACAAAAACGUCCAACAAAAAGAAAACGAUGUACAAAAGAUGAAACAGAAGAUUUGAUUAAUGAAUUAAAAAAUGCCCUAUCGCAGCACGAAAAAACAGAACAAAAAGAAACAGCAACACCAGAGAUAUCAUUAAUGAACGACUUUUCCAGUGAUGACGACACUCACGUAAUAAAGGCCGCUCAAAUGACCCACAGUCUAAUUGCUCAAAGUGAAAAAACUGAAAUCAAGUCUAACAAAAAACUUACACGAUCAUGCGAUUCGGUUCCUCUAAAACAGCAAAAUCGUCUUAACAUUGUGCAACAUUUAUUACAGCAUUUGACAGAUAUAUCAUCUUUACAGUUAGUAUCAAUUUCAACCCCAACACAAUGA